AUGUCGGCCCGCUCGUCGUCGCUCCUCUCGCAGACUCCCUCGUCCCGACGCCCUCCCUUCCAGUCGCGCGGAUCAUCCUCGCUCGCAUCGCAGGUCUCGCCUGCCUCUCGAGACGGAACGUACUCGACGCCGCAGCGCAAGAAGGGCGGGCCGUCACUCUCGCUCGCGCUCAGCACCAACACCUCGCCGAGCGGACACUCGACCACCGCAGACGGAGAACAGAUCCACCCGCUCAAGUACACCUGGGACGUGUGGUUUUCGCAGCGGCAGGGGAACGCAAAGAACGGCAAGAAGGACGAGCAGGGGAAGAACGGUACGAAUGGGACGCAGAAGGAGAAGGAGAGCCGUGAGGACUGGGAGGGAGGGGUCGUCAAGCUUGGCGGGUUCUCCAGCAUCGAGUCCUUGCACCCCUUCCUCGCACACCUCGUCCCUCCUUCCCAACUCCCCGGCUCGCUGCACACGACCCACACGCUCUUCUCCCCGUCCUCUUCCUCCCCCGCCCCUCCCGUCUCCCACGUCAUCUGCGACUACAACGUCUUCCGUUCCUCGAUCGCGCCCGCAUGGGAAGACGACAACAACGUCGGCGGAGGACGGUGGGUCGUCCGUUUGCGCAAGGGCGUUGCGGAUCGUGUUUGGGAGGAAGUCGUGUAUGCGCUUGUGAGUGAGAGGAUUGGAGGUGAGGACGAGCGCGCGGGUGAGAAGGUCAAUGGGGUGGUGCUUAGUGUGCGCAAGGACGAGGAUAUCCUCAGCGUCUGGCUUGCGCCGAGCUCGCGAACCGAACGCGAUGUCAUCCGCGAGUCUCUCCGUACCGCCCUCUCCCCGCUGCUCACCUCGACCUCGACCUCCAACCUCCAACUCGACUACAAGCCGCACCCCGUCGUCGGCUCGGGAGGCGACCCCACUCCCACCUCCAAACGCCUGACCGACCUCUCACUCGACUCGCCCUCCGCUUCUCCAAUCGGCACAGGGAGGACUCACCACCUCCAACGAAGGGGAGACGGCGAACGAAGGUCCCACAGUGGGAUUUCGAGGCGUGCCGAGGGGGGGUUGGGAGAGGGAGAGGCAUUUGGAACGCCGUUGAGCGAGAGGAGGAGUCUGGGGGGUUUGUCACGCGGCGGGAGCGGGCGCGGGGACUCGCCUUCGUCCAACAGUGGUGGUGGAGGAGGGUUCGGGUCGUACGUCCCUCGCGUGCGGAACAAUGACGACCGAGGGGGCGAGUCGUCAUUCGAGCGGAUCGAGAGGAGGGUGAGGGAAUCGAGUCCGGCGGGGGUUAUUGGAGGCGGGGCGUUCGGCAGGAGUAAUGUUGGGGUUAGGAGUAGGGAGGGGUCGGGAAGGGCCGAGGAGGACCGGUGGGGAAGGUUGUGA